CGCAAACCUCCAACACGCAAUAACAAGUCACAGACGUUGUAUUUCCUUAGUACGUACACCCCGAUGGAUUGGCUAUGGUACCUGGUCCCCAAAAUCCUCCUUCCUACCUUUACCUGGCCUCAUCGCAUCCUCGGGUCUGUCGAUAUAGCGUCGUCGAUUCCACCAACACCACGACUUGCUCCUCGAAUUGUUCGUCGAGUCUUUGGAUUUCUCCACCCGUACUUUCGCUCCUUAUCCUAUCGCUACUGCAACUGGUGUGGCAUCCCUUUCAACAACCAACUCGCGCAACUUCCAUUCGGACUGGUGUUGAAAUGGUCAGACGGCACGCGGCUCGAAGAGGUCGCGGCAACGAUGCUUGCGAGGUCGGCUGGGUUUCCAGUGCCAAAGAUCAUCUCAUACGGAGAGCAUCCCGACACGCCUCAUGCACCGGUCUCAAUUCUAAUGACGCGCGUACCUGGCAGUGACUUGGGCAAUCCCGAGAUAUAUGAGCAAAUGAGCAAUGACGAGCGCGAGACCAUUUACACUGAGCUACAGUACAUGCUACAAGUAAUGCGAAACUGGUCUCAUCCAUGGGGAGGAGAGCGCAUCUGUUCAGUUUUAGGGACGGCAAUUAGAAGCGUGCGCAUCCCCAAUCACGCAGUCGGGCCAUGUGAGUCUGAAUCUGAGUUCAACAAUCACCUCUUUAGUUCUCUCUCAGGUCACAGUUUCCUAACGCAGGAUAUAUUCGAGGAGAAGGUGGCAGUCGCCAAAAGACUACAGUCAGUACGCCAUGCGGUUGUCUUCACGCAUGGUGACUUCAAGCAUCAUAACAUUAUAGUAUACAAUAGUCAUAUCUCGGGAUUCCUGGACUGGGAGUCUGCAGGGUGGUAUCCUGAUUACUGGGAGUUUACAACACCUCUUCGAUUCGGUCCAAAGGACUGUUGGUGGAAUGCUCUUGUUUUAAAGCUUGGCGGUUCGAAGUAUCUAGCAGAACUGGAGAGCGAAAAGGCUCUGGUGCCCCUUACGGUUGAUGCUUGGGCAUGGUAGCAAGUAGCUAAACGACACCAGCUUGUCGAAAUCAACGAGAGGGUUUACUAAGUCUGUAUUUGAAUAUAAUACUGGCCUUCCUAA